AAAGAGCGAGACGCAGCGAAGUGUGUGCCAUCUUCUAGACAACGAGCCACAAUACACCUGCCACACAAUAUCUAAAUCAUAAAAGACAGGUAGACUUUAAAAGAAACCAAACAUGUCAUCAGCAAAAGGAGUAGCCAUUGGAAUUGACCUGGGCACCACCUACUCCUGUGUGGGGGUGUUUCAGCAUGGAAAAGUGGAGAUCAUCGCCAAUGACCAGGGGAACAGAACAACACCCAGCUAUGUUGCCUUCACUGACACAGAGAGGCUCAUUGGAGAUGCAGCUAAAAACCAGGUGGCCAUGAACCCCAACAACACCGUGUUUGAUGCCAAGAGGCUGAUUGGCAGGAAAUUUGAUGACCCAGUAGUGCAGUCUGACAUGAAGCACUGGUCCUUCCAAGUCGUCAGUGAUAGCGGAAAGCCAAAGGUUCAAGUCGAAUACAAAGGCGAAAACAAGACAUUUAAUCCUGAAGAAAUUUCCUCUAUGGUCCUGGUGAAGAUGAAGGAGAUUGCUGAAGCUUAUCUGGGGCAGAAGGUCACAAAUGCAGUUGUCACAGUUCCUGCCUAUUUCAAUGACUCGCAGAGGCAAGCCACUAAAGACGCCGGAGUGAUCGCUGGGCUCAAUGUCCUCAGAAUCAUCAACGAGCCCACGGCUGCAGCCAUCGCCUACGGCCUUGACAAAGGCAAAGGAGCAGAACGCAACGUCCUGAUCUUUGACCUGGGUGGAGGCACCUUUGACGUGUCCAUCCUGACCAUUGAAGAUGGCAUCUUUGAGGUGAAGGCCACAGCCGGAGACACUCAUCUGGGUGGCGAGGACUUUGACAACCGCAUGGUGAAUCACUUUGUAGAAGAAUUCAAGAGGAAGCACAAGAAGGACAUCAGUCAGAACAAGAGGGCACUGAGGAGGCUGCGAACAGCGUGCGAGCGAGCCAAGAGAACCCUUUCCUCCAGCUCUCAGGCCAGCAUUGAGAUCGACUCACUGUACGAGGGCAUCGACUUCUACACGUCCAUCACCAGAGCACGCUUUGAAGAGAUGUGCUCAGACCUCUUCAGGGGAACACUUGAGCCUGUGGAGAAAUCCCUGAGAGACGCCAAGAUGGACAAGUCUCAGAUCCAUGACGUUGUUCUGGUUGGUGGAUCAACAAGAAUCCCAAAGAUCCAGAAGCUUCUGCAGGAUUUCUUCAACGGCAGGGACUUGAACAAGAGCAUCAACCCAGAUGAGGCAGUGGCUUAUGGUGCAGCGGUGCAAGCCGCCAUCCUCAUGGGUGACACAUCUGGAAAUGUCCAGGACCUGCUGCUGCUGGAUGUUGCCCCACUAUCUUUGGGCAUCGAGACUGCAGGUGGAGUCAUGACAGCCCUCAUCAAACGCAACACCACCAUCCCCACCAAACAGACCCAGACCUUCAGCACCUAUGCAGACAACCAGCCCGGUGUCCUGAUCCAGGUGUUUGAGGGAGAGAGGGCCAUGACAAAAGACAACAACCUGCUGGGUAAAUUUGAGCUCACAGGAAUUCCACCCGCACCACGUGGAGUCCCGCAGAUUGAAGUGACCUUUGACAUUGACGCCAAUGGAAUCCUUAAUGUGUCAGCGGUGGACAAAAGCACUGGAAAAGAGAACAAGAUCACCAUCACCAAUGACAAGGGCAGACUGAGCAAAGAGGAGAUUGAGAAAAUGGUGCAGGACGCAGACAAGUACAAAGCUGAAGAUGAUCUGCAAAGAGAGAAGAUUGCUGCCAAAAACUCCCUGGAGUCUUACGCCUUCAACAUGAAGAGCAGUGUGGAAGAUGAGAACCUGAAAGGCAAGAUCAGUGAGGAUGACAAGAAGAAAGUCAUUGAGAAAUGCAAUGCCGCCAUCAGCUGGCUAGAGAACAACCAGCUGGCUGAUAAAGAGGAGUAUGAACAUCAGCUGAAGGAGUUGGAGAAAGUCUGCAACCCAAUCAUCACUAAGCUUUAUCAGGGAGGGAUGCCAGCUGGAGGCUGUGGAGCUCAGGCACGGGGCGGAUCAGGGGCCGCUUCCCAGGGACCAACUAUUGAAGAGGUGGAUUAAAACACCUCAUGAACUGAAUGGUGCAGGGACUGAUAUAAAUCUUUUCUCUUUGGUUCUUUCAUUUUGUUUUCAGGCCUUAUUACAUUAUGAUUCCUUUUUUUAUACCCCUAAUGCUCACACCUUUCUUCAGUCAAAAAAUGAUAUGUAAACCGUCAUAUCACUGCACGGUAUUAGUUUACUCCAUCUGCUCUCGAAAACAUUUUGCUACUAAAUAAAGUGCUCUGCAACUUGA